CUCUCUUCUCGUCCACAAAAAAAUAAAUUUAAAACAAAAAAAAAACACAAAAAUCAAAUCGAAAUUCCGAAAGACUUACAGAACGGUUUAAAACAAUGAGCGACCUUAAUGAGUGCGCCCUGGAUCGCCACUUCACUGCCCAGUUGCGCGAUCUGCGAUCCUACUCGAAGGAGCACCCAGUCAGCCAGGAGGACUUUGAAAUUAGCCAGCGCUGGAUGAAUCACUUCAAGGAGGCCAGGGGCCAUGACAAGUUCGCCCGGAACUGCCUGAUGUUGUUGUUGUGCAACCAGCUGCGGGAAAUUGGUCACCUGACCAAGCCCUUCACCGAAAUGGAGAGCAUGAACCGGCCCCUGGAUGAUUUGGUCAACGAGUACAAGGCGAAGACAGUGGAGGACCAGCAGCCAGCGGAUGAUGAUGAUGAUGAGAUCUCGAACUCUUCCUGCUACCAGGAAGUGGCCGCCGAGGAGCCCCUUCCCUCUCCCCGAUUCGAGAGCAUUAAACAGGCGAAUCAGAAUCUCCUCAGGGAGAUCGAGUCGCUGCACAGCCGCGCCGUGGAAACGGAGAAGCUCUACAGAAGCCGAAAUCAAGUGCUGGCCAAGAAGAUGGCCGAAAAGUCCAAAACAGGAAAACCGGAGUUCGUUCAGGAGAAUCUAAAUCAGGCCUGCCGAUCGGCCAUUGGACUGUUGAAGGAUUGGCCCGGCGAAACCGUGCGUCUCCAUUUCCUGGCCACCUGCCUGGAGCCUCUUUUGCGAAACGAACUGGUGGUCAGUUCACAGAUUGCCGAGCUCGAUAUCAAGUUGGAGGACACUUUGAACAGCCUGGUCCUGCAGGCCUGUACACGUAGGGACGACAAUGUUCGCAUGCUCUACGAGCACGUUUUGACCCACGACAAAUUUGGUUUAAGGGAAAAGGAGGAAAAGCUGCGCCGCUUUCACGAAUCCUUGAGGCAGGAGCGUCAGAGACUGCGGCUGCUUUCCGAGGAUCUGAGGCGGCGCGAGGAUCUCAUUUGGAGGCACCAGGCCAUUGCCACCUUGGCGGUUACUGGACUUCCGGCCGAAAACCCCGGCAGUCCCGGCCACUCAAGAUGCGAUUUGUGUCAGGGGGAAAGAUCCUUUAGACCGGGAACGGAACAUCCCCCGACUUCUGGGACUCGCAAUUCGAAGAAAUCCGAAGGCGCCGAAGAUCUGCAAAAGCUAACCGAGACACUCAGCGAUCUGUCCGCUGACAAAUGGUAAUCCAUCCACGAUAACAUAACACGCUGCCCACCCACUUUCCCAUAUAUAUUUUUCAUUUUCUUGUUCAAAUCAAUAAAUCGUU